AUUGUAUGGCAUUCUCACUGCAAGCCUCAUUCCUCCAAGUUCAGAAUCCACUUGUUGGCCAAGUCCAAGGGCAUUAGUGGGCCUGAAAUUUCCAAAGCGUGUCAUCCGUAGUGAGCAUCAGAAUCAAUGGGUGUUAUUACAGGCAGACCUUUAAUAACCACGACCCCUACUUUGGCAUCUCUGCUUAAGGUGAUGCACAGGGCAUCAUAUCUGAGCAGUACCUUGUGUACAGUCUAAAAUAUGGUCAGCAGUAACAUAGAGAAUAAUUAUUAUUAUCCCUUUUCUCCAUUUUCUAUAUAUAUAUUUGUUUUACUCCUUGCCCUGUUGAGUUGCAGUGUAUUGUUUUGCAGAGGGUAAUUUCUUUUAGUAUACACAUUGCUUUAUUGAUACGCCAGGGUUUAGAUAUUUGCAGCCAUUGAUUGUGAACAUUACCUAGGGCAGUCAUGGAUAAGCGGUUAGGGCGUCCGAUUUGUAGCCCAAAGGUUGCAGGGUCGUCUCCCGACCCACCAGGUUGGUGGUGGGACUAAUCAACCAGUGCUAUUCCCCAUCCUCCUCCAUGACUGAGGUACCCUGAGCAUGGUAAUGUCCCGCUGCACUGCUCCCUAGGGGCGCCAUUGAGGGCUGCCCCCUUGCACAGGUGAGGCAUAAAUGCAAUUUCGUAGUGUGCCGUGUACACUUAUGUGCUGUGGGGUGCUGUGUCACAGUGAGUUGGAGUUUCCCAAUGGGCUUUCACUUCACUUCCAGGGUGUGUUCUGCAAAAGUGCAAACCACCACUAAUUCCAGUUGCUUACAGCGUCACUCUUGACACGUUUGCCAAUUAUCAGAUCUCUUGUAUUAUCACUGGUGAUUGUAAAAUCAAGAAAGUGAGUAAUGGUAAAGGCUUCAGAUGCCCCACAGACUAUUACAGCCUGUUGGUUCAAACUAUGGUGCGGUGCCACUGUCAUUAGCAGUGUACAUUUAUCUAAUAAUAAUAAGGGUUCACAUUAAGAAAUAAAGGAAAAUAUGUUUGAGUUUAAGUUUUCAGCAACCAGUUAUAACCCUUUUACAUAUUUUUUAUCAUUAAUUUCUAAAAGCUCUCCAAAAUGCGCUCUCCGCCUAUGCCCUGAGACAAUCGAGCUCGGGUCGUAGGUCACACUUUGUCUUCCUGUUAAUGUCAGGCUUUGUUCCGUGUUAUUGUUAAUCAGGUGGCUAUCGUGAGCUGGUGUAAAUUAAAUGCAUACAUUCACAUUCAAAUCUUACAGAAAUGAAAGAGGUGGCAGGACGCAUUAUUGAUGUUGUGUACAUGUCUUGCGGCUUGCGCCGAGAUGGUGAGAGCUGCUGCUGAGGCACUUGACGUGGUCGUCAGUCAAAUCCAAACUGCGCGUCUAAAUGGCGUAAAAGCGCGUGGGUGAGGGGAGAGGAUACGAGGUCACAUUUCUGUUUUUUGCCAUGGUUAUGCUUUUGAUACACAGCGGUCUGGUCGCGCUUUAGCCUACCUAAGACAGCUGGCAUCUUCAGAACCUUCAUACUGUAGUAGUGUUCCUGACAGCUCGUGUCAUGUGAUUCGCUUGAAGAUGGCGCAUCCUUAUACGCUGUAGUAUACCAAUUCUCCUCCGCCAGCACCAGCGUACACAAGUCUUAUACUGGUUUUAUGGCGCCCUAAACAACGGGGAAGGAUUCAUGAAGGCCUAAUGCAGAAAUAUCCCGUUAUAGGGACCGAGUUAAGGAUACAAUUUCUCAGGAGAUUUACAGAAAAUACUCACAAUUAGUUUGGUCUCGGAUGCUCCUGCCGUGAUAGCGCUUGGAGAUCCGAUAUCUGAACUAAGCUACUGGAGACUGCAUCAACUGCUGGUGCUGUGGCUGUGUCGAAAGAGCGGAGCUAACCGAUCUGAAACAGCGGCUCAGGCUUCGAGGUUGUUUUCACGAUCUUUUUCAGUCAAGAUGACAUGAAGUGUAGAUCAAAAAAGACCGAAGACGAAAGCGAUGUAGCUUUCCACCAAAGAACAUCCUCCCACGACAUACAGGAAUGAGGUUCGGAUUUCUGUGAAUUUAGCAUCGACCUACAGCAAAAUGUGGGCACCUACAGAGGAGGAGAAAUUAGGAGUUGUGGUGUGCAGCUUCCGCAGCUCUGUGGCCCAGGCUCUGCUGCUGGAGAUUGGAGAGAUGGUCCAGAUCCUGGAGAAGUGUGAAGGUUGGUACAGAGGCUUCUCCAUCCGAAAACCAACAGUGAAGGGAAUCUUUCCAAUCAACUAUGUGCACUUGAAGAAAGCCAUCGUGAGCAACAGAGGGCAAGGAGAGACGGUUGUCCCUCUGGAGGAUCCCAUCAUAACAGAGACCACCAGUACACUGCAGGAAUGGGCAGUCUUAUGGAAACAGCUCUACGUGAAGCACAGAGUGGAGCUGUUCACCAAGCUGCGGCAGGUGAUGACGGAGCUGAUUGACCUGCGCCGCCAGCUCAUCUCCGGUCACAUGACCCAGGAGCAGACGCGCGAGAUCAAGCGCCACAUCACACUACGACUGGACUGGGGAAACGAACACCUUGGUCUGGACCUGGUUCCUAGAAAGGAGUUUGAGAUGGUCGAUCCGGAUCACUUCAGCGUCUCUGAACUUUACAAAAUGCACGCGUCCAGCAGACACUGUGGCCAGCCCAGCCAGAACAACCAGGGAGACAAGGGCCAUGGGGACAAGUGUCGCGCCCCGGUGGCUCACCACCUGUCCCUCAACCUCAAGAGCUUCACCUACAACAGCAUCAGCGAAGACACAGACGUCCUCUUCAGCCUCUACGACGCCCGGGACAACAAGUGCAUCAGUGAGAAGUUUCUUGUCAAGCUGAAUAAAAAUGGAGGACCAAGGAAUCCAGAGAAGUCAGACGGACUGUUUGCCCUUUUCACAGAUCUGAGCAGUAAGGACAUGAAACGGGAUCUGUACAUCGUGGCUCACAUCAUUAGGACGGGUCGGAUGUUGCUGAACGACUCCAAGAAAGGCCCUGCCCAUGUGCAGUACAGGCGUCCGUACGGCUGUGGGGUGCUGGCCAUGACCGAUGUCUUCACCUCCAUCACUGACCCACGCGAGGAAAAGGACUUUGUCAUCAAAGUCUUCACGUGCAAUAAUGAGAACGAGUGGUACCAGGUUCAGGAGAACAUCAUCCGCAAGUCCAACACCAAGUACUCAGCCCCCAGCACCAACUACGGUCUGAUCGUGUCGCUGCAGCUGUUUCGUGGGGAGCUGGACGCGGUGCGGAGGGAGAACCCCCACAUCAUCACCCGCGGAGCCGUCACCGCACGCAAGCUGGGCUUCCCUGACGUCAUCAUGCCAGGGGACUGCCGUAAUGACUUAUACCUGACACUGGAGCGCGGUGAGUUUGAGCGCGGGGGGAAGAGUGUGCAGAAGAACAUCGAGGUGACGGUGUACGUGCUCUACGCAGACGGAGAAGUCCUGAAAGACUGCUUGAGUGUGGGCUGUGGAGAGACGAGUGUGAGUGAGCAUCGCUCCUUCGUGCUGUAUCACAACAACAGCCCACGCUGGAGUGAGACCCUCAAGCUCUCCAUCCCCCUGGAACGCUUCCGCGGAUCACACCUGAGAUUCGAGUUCAGACACUGCUCCACUAAGGACAAAGGCGAGAAGAAGUUGUUUGGUUUUGCGUUCACGCCGCUGAUGAGGGAGGACGGCACCACACUCUCUGAUGAGACACACGAGCUCUACGUCUACAAGUGUGAUGAGAACACCACCUUCACCAAUCAGGGCCUGUAUCUGAGCAUGCCCUGUUGCCGUGCCGACCUGAGCAGCUGUCCCGCCAUCCCCGCCUCCUUCCCCUUCCAGCGGAGCAGCAAGGAGAGCUUCUACAUCAGCACCCUGCUGGCCUCCACCAAACUCACACAGAACGUGGAUCUCCUGACUCUUCUGAAAUGGAAAGCCCACCCAGAGAGAGUGCUGGAUGUACUGGGCCGCUUACGUCUCAUUAACGGGGAGGAAAUCGUAAAGUUUCUGCAGGACAUUCUGGACACCCUCUUCUCCCUCUUGGAUGAAAACACAGACAAAUACGGACCCCUGGUCUUUCAGUCACUGGUGUUCAUCAUUAACCUGCUGAGGGACUGCCGCUACUACCACUUCAGGCCUGUCAUGGACUCCUACAUACAGAACCAGUUCGCUGGAGCGCUGGCCUACAAGGAGCUGAUUCGCUGUCUGAAGUGGUAUAUGGACCGUUCAGCGGAGGUGGUGCGACAAGAUCACAUCCAAGACGCCAUGAGGGCUCUGGAGUACCUGUUCAAGUUCAUUGUCCAGUCUCGUGCGCUGUACUCGCGGGCCACAUGCGGCCUGGACGAGGAGGCGUUCCGGCUCAGCAUCCAUGAGCUCUUCCACUCCAUACGCUUCGUGCUGAGCCUGGACGGACACAACUCCGAGACCCUGAUCUGCACACAGGGGGCCCUACUGAACAGCUUCCCUGACAUCUUUGACGAGCUGCUGCAGAUGUUCACGGUGCAGGAGGUGGCCGAGCUGGUGCGGGGCACCCUGGCCAGCAUGCCCAGCAUGGUGGACCUCGGGCAGUCCCUCGACGUGGUCAAGCUGCAGUCCAUCGCUCGUACCGUGGACAGCCGGCUCUUCUACUUCCCAGAGUCUCGUAGUAUUCUGCUGCCGGUGAUCCUGCACCACAUCCACCUGCACCUGCGUCAGCAGAGGGAGCUGCUGCUCUGCUCCGGCAUCCUGGCCUCCAUCUUUUCCACCAUCAAGACCAGCUCCCUGGAGUCGUGUGUGCGUGAGGAGGUGGACAUGAUGGUGGAGAGCCUGCUGGACGUGCUGCUGCAGACGCUGCUGUCAAUCAUGAGUCGCUCGCAGACCACCGAGAGCAGCCGGGCACCCCGAUGCCCACAGUGCACCGCAGAGAUCACGGGCGAGUAUGUGUCGUGUCUGCUGUCGCUGCUGAAGCAGAUGUCUGAUCCUCACUUUCACCACCUACUCAACAACUUCCACAGCAAGGACGAGCUCAAGGAGUUCCUUCUGAAGAUCUUCUGUGUGUUCCGCAACCUGAUGAAGCUCAGCAUCUUUCCCAGAGACUGGAGCGUCAUGAGACUCCUCACCAGCCACAUAAUUGUCACGACAACCCAGCACCUUUCCCCGGCGCUGCAGAAGAACUUCUCUGACCCAGAUUUUGAUUUCAAGGUGUGGAACUCCUUCUUCAGCCUGACGGUGUUGUUCAUCAGCCAGCCCAGUCUACAGCUGGAGUCCCUCAGCCCCGUCAAGAGGAAAAGAGUCCUGGACAAGCAUGGAGACAUGAGGGUGACCAUGGCCUUUGAGCUCUUCAGCAUGUGGCAAAAACUUGGAGACGACAAGCAGCACUUCACGCCGGGCAUGAUGGGCCCCUUCCUGGGCGUGGCCCUGGUGCCCCAGACGGAGGUCCGUAACAUCAUCAUCCCCAUCUUCCACGACAUGAUGAACUGGGAGCAGCGCAAGAACGGCAACUUCAAACAGGUGGAGGCUGAGCUGAUGGACAAGCUGGACAGCAUGGUGUCUGAUGGCAAAGCAGAUGAGAACCACAGAGAGCUCUUCAGCUUACUAACACAGCUCUUUGGUCCAUAUCCCAGUCUGCUGGAGAAGAUGGAGCAGGAGGCCUGGAGAGAGACGGGUGUCUCCUUUGUCACCUCGGUCACACGGCUCAUCGAGCGCCUGCUGGAUUACAGGGAAAGUGUGAGAGCAGAGGAGGUGGAGAAUAAGAGAUUCUAUGGCUCCAUGAAUCUGCUGAACUUCUACAAGUCCGAGGUGACCAAAGAGGACAUGUACAUUCGCUACAUCCACAAGCUCUACGAGCUCCACCUGCAAGCGGAGAACUACACAGAGGCGGCGUUCACCCUGCUGCUGUACUGGGAGCUGCUGGCCUGGGAGGAGCGUCCCCUGAGGGAGUUCCUGCACUACCCAGCGCAGAGCGAGUGGCAACGGAAGGAGAGCCUCAGCCGCAAGGUCCUGCACUACUUCAACAAGGGCAAGUGUUGGGAGUAUGGCAUCUCUCUGUGUCGGGAGCUGGCGUUCCAGUAUGAGACCCUAUAUGACUACCACAGCCUCAGCUGGAUACGGAAAAUGGAGGCCAGUUACUAUGACAACAUCAUCGAGCAGCAGCGGCUGGAGCCGGAGUUCUUCAGGAUGGGCUUCUACGGACGCAAGUUCCCCUUCUUCCUCAGGAAUAAGGAGUUUGUGUGCCGUGGCUAUGACUACGAGCGUCUGGAGGACUUCCAGCAGCGGAUGCUGAAUGAGUUCCCCCAGGCCAUCGCCAUGCAGCACCCCAACCAGCCAGACGACACCAUCCUGCAGAGCGACGCCCAGUAUCUGCAGAUCUUCGCGGUGACCCCGGUGUCUGAGCUGACGGAGGGGCCCCAUCUGGACCGCGUGCCCGAGCGCAUCAAGCGCUUCUACCGCUCCAACAACAUCAGUCGAUUCCACUACGACCGGCCCUUCCACAAGGGGCCCAAGGACCGCGAGAACGAGUUCCGGAGUUUGUGGAUUGAGCGGACAACUCUGAUUCUGUCAAGACCAUUACCUGGAAUCUCUCGGUGGUUUGAAGUGGAGAGGAGAGAAGUGGUGGAGGUGAGCCCUCUGGAGAAUGCCAUCUACGUGGUGGAGAAUAAGAACCAGGAGCUGCGUACGCUCAUCAGCCAGUACCAGCACCGCCACCACAACGGCAACAUCAACCUGCUCAGCAUGUGCCUCAACGGGGUGGUGGACGCAGCCGUCAACGGGGGCAUCGCACGCUACCAGGAGGCUUUCUUUGAUAAAGAUUUUAUCAGCGGCCACCCUGAGGAGGGAGAGAAAAUUACCCAGCUGAAGGAACUGAUGCAGGAACAGGUGCACAUUUUAGGCGUGGGCUUGUCGCUCCAUGAGAAGCUGGUGCACCCAGAAAUGCGUCCCCUGCACAAAAAGCUUAUUGAUCAGUUCCAUGUCAUGAGGAACAGUCUAUAUCAUGUAAGUUUAAACUCCAUCUACUGUGUUGCUGCUAUUGAUAGGUUAAGUCCUGCAUGCUCAGGGAUACGCAGUAUCGUCACGCACAGCCCUGAGAGCAGUAGACUCAUACACAGAAACAGUCCUCUGCAGGGCUCUCUGCGUCUCACAGGUGAUGUGGGCCCUCUGAUGGUUCUGACUGACGGACUCAUAGAGCACACAGAGGAGACCUCACACAUGCAGCCCAGCCCCUCUUCCUCCAGCCUGAGUUCCAUUAGAUCAUCCUCUUCCCAGAUCAUCAACUCCGCCCCCUCCAGUACCAGAGGCUCUCCCUCUCUACCGGACAAGACCAAGAGCAGUCGAGAGCUGCUGAUGCUGCUACCCCCCCACCGGGAGAGACCCAACAGUGCCAACUACUACAACACCAAUGCUGACAACACACAGACCAAUAACGUGCAGCGUGGCCUGCAGCAGCAAGGCAGCCCCUGUAAGCCAUGUGGGGAUCGCCACACAGGCUUCCCAGACAGAGGAUUCCCGGCCACCCCCAGCAGCUGGAGCCUGGACGGCUCUGAGGGGCGAGAGCAGGGCCUCAACCUCCAGAACCCCGGCAGCCUCAUCGCACCCAUGCUACCACCACGCAACUUCCCACAGGGUCAUUUUCUGAUGCACUUUGAUGCUUUUCAACAACACAUGAAUGAUAUUCCCCCAGCUCUGCCAAUGCGCUCCAUCAGAAAGUCUCCUCUGCACCCGAUCCCUGGCUCUCCGCCCAGCCCCCUGUCAGUGCUGGGGGGCAGCAACUCCACCCUGUCGGGCAGCGCCAGCAGCGGCGUCUCCUCUCUGAGCGAGAGCAUCUUCAGCCACUCGGAUCCCCCCAGCCGGCCCGAGCAGCUGGACGCCGCGCCCCCGCCCCACAUCCCGCCCAGCCACUACUGGAGCCCCGAGGACCCGGCCCCCCCGGCCGCCUACCUGCACGUGCACUACGGCUCACAAGACCACACGCACUUCGGCCCCCACGGCCACGGGCCGCACGGCGGGGACCACGACGGCCUCGGGGAGCCCCCGGGCCCCGGCUCCGCUCGGCCCAUGUGCCCCGAGCUGCCGCACCCGGUGGGUGGCAUCGGCGGCGGUGGCGCCACCUUCCUGCGCCGGCCUGUCGGCGUGCCCACGCUACCCCCCAAGCCCUGCAUGCGCGUGGUGGGAGGUGCGUCCGUGGGCAGCGAGGAGGAGUCGGGCAGCGCUGGCAGCAGCGGGAGUGGAGGAAGUGCAGGCAGCGGAGGAGGAGGAGUAGGGGGCAUCCAGCCUGUGCCGCUGCCCAGACGCAUCUUCCCUCCGCCACACACUCAGCGCGAGCUUCACCGAGCGGCCUGGGAGCAGCGCAUCCGCGAGGAGCAGGAGGAGAGCACCGCAAAGGUGUUCAGUGGUUGA